UUCGUUUUGCUGAGCAGAGUGAAUGUGGGAAAAUUUGUUUUGAAACAAAAGAAAAAUCUUGUCAGUGGUCUCUGCGGAGGUUUCACGUUUAAACGUCUCGAAAUUUCAAAUUAAAAAAGCGCACAUAUACCCAACGAAAUAAAACAGCAGAAUUGAAAAUUUCUUCUGUUGAAAACAAAAAUUUUUAAAAUUUAUGAGAGUUCUAUGCCGUUUCGCCGCAACGAAUUUUUAGCCAAUUAAAAGAAAAAAAAAAAAGAAUUUAGCAAAAAUUUUAUUCAAACAAAAUGUUACGAAAGAUAGCAUAAAUAUAAGAAGAAAAUAUAGAAAAAUAUUUAAAAAUUCGAAAAAAAGAAAACAAAGUGUAAAAAUGAAGCCACAAUUCAAUCAAACAUACCAUAUGUAAAUUUCCAUAAAUUAAGAUUAGAAAAAUUUAAAAAAAAACUUCUUUUCAAAAAGUGAAAGGGAAAAUGUAAAAAUUACUCCAAAACCAAGUGGUUGUCCAUAUAGUGAAAAAAGUCAAGAAAAUGCCAAAAACGACAUUCAGUUUGUGAACAUUCCAAAUACAAAAAAAAGAAAUAAUAAAAAAAUAAAUUCUCAAAGAAUCCACAAAGCCUCUAAAGUUUUCGAAAUAGAAAUUUAAAUAAAUCAACAUUUUUUGUGGUGUGAGAAGAAAGUUGUGCGUGAGUGUGUGUCUGAGUGUCGCGUUAAUCGAGCACCUCCCGGUUUUGUUAAUCCGAAAGUUUUUCCUUUUGCUGAAGUUUGAAAAUAGUUUUCUUUUGCGCUGUGCGUUCGCCAGUGUAUGCGUGAGUGCGUGUGUGUUUGUGUGCGUGUCCCAGUGUGCAAGAGUGAAAGCAUCUAUUGAGUCACCAUCCGCAUCAGCAUCAACAUUGUCUUCGGCCAUUCUAUGUAGCAUUGUGCACUGAUGUUGGCGAAUUUCUAAGCAUUGUGUUUAGCCUUUGCUGUGUGGGCCUUCGCGGGGGAGGACCAUGCCGGUCAUUGCCGAUUCUGAUGAGCCACCAGCAAAAUGUUGCAAAUAUUGUGAGGGUAUGUUUUCCGCUCCCAAUUCUGUCCAUAAUUUUGAGUCUACGCACGGCGUGGACGGCCCUGCAUCGUGGCGUUUAACGCUCGAUCAGGAUCUUAUCGACACGCUCAAGGGCAGUUUUCCCAGUUGGUUUCAGCAAACAAGCGGCGCCAAUAGUUCAACUGUUGUCGGCACGGGCUCUAAGCUGCUGACCACACAAGCCAGCAAUAAUAUUGUCAAUCAUAUCAAUCGGAUUAAAGUUCACAGCAACAACAAUAACAGCACCAUUACCAUCAACAAACACCUCGCAAGUAACGGCCAUCACCACUACUACCAUAAUCACUUGCAUCACCAUCAUCACGGCAGCAGUAGCAGUAGCAGCAGCAGCAACAACAGCAACAGUAAUCUCAACAACAAUCACAACAGCAAAGGCAACAGCAACAGCAACAGCAUCAACGGGGUAACCAUCACCACCACCACACACAACGGCAUCAAUUUGCUGAAUAACACGAUUUGUGUGACGCCCAUAACGAUUGAUACCACCGGUGGUUAUUUACACACACCUGCUUCGGCUGCUCAUAAUUUUCUAAGUCAACAAAAUACACUCCAUUUGCAUCAGCUAAACGGCGUUGCUGCCACAACAUUGCUCUCAGCUGUUGCUGCAUCGUCAUCUUCGUCGUCGGCAUCGCCCGCUUCUAGUGUGACUUCCAAUUGUUCGGGUAACUCACAUUCAACGAUCUCAUCGAAAAACUCUACCACCUCGGGCGCAGGAGUAGCAUCAGCAGUACGUGGAAGUGGUGUAAGCAAAUCUGUAGUCAAUCCUACUAAGCAUCAGGUUUUAAUAACAAAAUCCUCGUACGCGUCAUCGUCCCCCUCGUCGGCGUCUUCGUCGUCCUCCUCAUCGUCAUCCUCAUCAUCCUGCUGUUCUUCUUCGUCAUCCUCGUCAUCGUCAGCAUCACCCUCAGGCCCAGCGAAGAAAUUGCCCCACACUGAAUAUUCCUCGAAAACGCAAGUAAAGACACACAAAACCUCUUCCACAAACACCCACAAGAGUGUCAACUCCAACUCCACCUCGAACUCGAACACCAACACCACCUCAAUUGCCAAAUCAUUGCCAACAACAAGUGUUACUGUGACCGCUACCCAAGGGCCGUCAACAAUCGCACCACCGUCAACGAUCACCACAAAAGUCAGUGCAGCACCCACGGCAUCGCUGCUUCCGGCUCACAUACCCUCCGCAGUGGGAGCGACAACAAUUACACGCGUUAUUCCAAAAUCGCCAUCAUUGCAUAGCCUUAGUGGCGGUUCAUUACUCGCAACAUUCUCAUCGCCUGGCUCUGCCACAACCUUUGAACUCAUUUCCGAUUCAUCGUGCAACGGCCUAUUGACCGCCUCACAUCUCAGUGGGAAAAGUGCAUUUGAGCAGACCUUUCAAGACGUCAUCCUACUGCAGGAAGCCUAUGACGACAUGUCAGAGGGCGAACAACGUUUAAAUGCAUCAUUUCUGGGAGGUAUCAGUAGCAGCGAUGACGCCACAAAUUCCGAUUUCUACGAUCCGCGACAAUCGCCACCCAAGGCCAUUGUCGAUUCCAGUCCUCUUCAACCACAAAUGGACAAGAACAAAGAGUCGCUGAAGGUUAAACUUAUGGUGAGGAGACCUCACUCGCAGCUUGUCGAACAGGGCAUUAUACCACCUUUGAAAACAUCACCCGCCAUUCAUGAGCAAUGCAAACAAUUGGAGCGUGCCAAAACCAGUGACUUAUUAAAGGCGAAAAUUCAACAACGACCCAAUCGUGAGGACCUUGAACGUCGCCACAUACUUGAAGAGGAUGAGUGCCACAUCGAUCCCAGUUUGGCGGAGAAGCAGCGAAUGCUUAAGAAGGCUCGCCUGGCGGACCAGCUCAACUCACAAAUACAACAUCGGCCGGGGCCUUUGGAGUUGAUCAAGAAGAACAUACUGCACACCGAAAAGCCCAUAGAGAAAAUCGUCAAGGAGGGCUUGGUAACAUUCAAGGCAACUUGCGAAGGCUUGCUAACCAGACCCCAACAUCCGAAUAGCUACAUUACCUAUGACGAAGACUCACAGUCUUCCGAGAGUGAUACUCGACAGACACCUCCACGUUUGGAGGGAGCUGAGGCGAAAGUUGGUGCUGCGGAUAGCUCUGCUGGCAAAGCAGCGGCUACGGUUGCUGUCGCAGGUCAUUCGGAUGUUCUGCAGACUGCAGCUGCUUCGGCCGGUAUUGUCACCGUUGCCUUGACCAUACCCACGAGUGGGGGUCAAGUAACGGUUACUUCGGCUCCCAUUGUGCAACAAAGUAAAUUGAACAACAAUAAAAUCAAUUACAUACCACCUCCACCACCGCCUCCCUUGCCCAAUAACAACAACUGCAACAACAACAACAACAGUGCAGGCAUUACUGUCAAGCAAGAGACCUCAAAUCUUUUCGAAGAACUUUGCCAGUCCGUGACUGGAAAUGGCGCAGCGAAUAAUCACUUCAUACCCAUGGUGGCUUCGCCAGCCUCACUGGGCUCGACCACUUCCACUUUGAGUCCGUUGUCCUCGAUUGCUUCGCCGCCUCUGAGUCUAACACCAAGGCCUUUAGCCCAAUCGCCGGCUUUGCAAAUCGCCAAAUCUGAUGCUCCUGGCAAGGAUAAAAACCGUAAGAAGUCCAAAUCGAAACCUGUCUCCAAGGCAAGGACCAUAAAAUUCCACGAAUACAAGGGCCCACCCAGUGCGGCCCAUAAACUAACCUCAGAGACUACCAGCAGCAGCAGCACUGAGGAAACUUCAUAUCAACUCAUGUUGGAACAACAAAAUUGUCUGCUCAAAUUCCUAGAGACUCUUAACAAGAAUCAAGCCAUAAUACCGGCCACUAGUGCCGCCAGCACUUCAAGUGCCCCAACUAAUGCGGUGGUGGCAAGUAAAACGGUUACAAGCAUGGCGGUCAAUACACAAACACAGACAGGGGUAUCGAAUACCUCAGCAACGCCAUUAAUGGUGUCUUCUGUAAAUACCAACAUCAACAGCAACAACAACAACAAUACACCGACGCCAAUGCAGGUGGUGGCCAGUGAGACGGGCACUGCCAGCGCAGUUUCCGUUACCAAUUCUAUGGGGAACACCAUUUCAAUUGUGGCAGCGCCUCAACCCCCACCUCUGCCCUCACCAGCGCCAUCGGUGAGCUCAUCCAUUCCGGCUAGUCCGGCCACAAGUUAUGCCGAAUCUACCACCUCCACAGUGACCGACAUCACUAAAUUGGAGAAAAUGAAGGUUUGCGAUUUGAAAAUGCAUUUGAAAAAACGUAAUCUACCGGUUUCGGGACCCAAGCCUCAACUUAUUGAACGUUUGAAACCCUACUUACCACUGGAACCUCUGGAGGCCCCAGUUACGCCCAUGGUUACUGGCGACAGUGCAGCAGCAACUGCUGCUGCUGCUGGCCCAGAUGCUAUGGAUCAAAGUGAGCACAAUUCUCCAAGACCUCCUUUGGUCAUGUCACCAGAAAGGCAGCAUCUGGAACAGGAACAAAUGGAUGUGGUGCAACAGGUGGAAUCUCCACGCCCAGUGCCUUUGCAAACAGUCAUGCAGCCCCAACCACAAACGGCUACGAUAAUCCUAACCAAUGAAGAGUUGUUGAGGGAACAACAAAGAAAAAUCGAUGAGCUGCAGAGACAGUUGCAAAGGUCCCAGCAGGAGCUGCUGGAGAUACGUCAGAAGCAACAGAUGCAGCAACAACACCACCAGCAGCAGCAUCAUCAUCAAAAUCAACAACACCAAUCACAUAUUUUACAACAGAAGGUAAUCACCCAACCAGCGAGUUUCCAGCCACAAACAGUCACUGCUCAAGUCGUCAAUGCUUUGCCUUCUCAGCAAAUCACAUUGAUAACCACCACAAGUAAACCGCCAGCAGCAACCCCUCAAACAUUGGCCGUCAUACAGCCCCAUGGUGUAAAAGACACCAUAGGACAGGCCAAGUUAACCGUGAAGGCUGCAGCACCGCCACCACCAUCACAAUCAGUGAAAUCGGUGGUGAUGUCAACAGCCCCGCUGGUGGUCAAUAAAAAGGCUAACACUCCAGUUACAAAUGCUGCUCCCCCAGUCAUGACGCAGAAGAUGGUGGUCAAGCAGCAACUGGAGGCCAAAAUACAAAAACAAAAACAGGCAGCUGCCGCAGCAGCUGCAGCUCAAGCUCAAGCCCAGGCUCAGGCGCAAGCCCAAGCUCAGGCCCAGGUGUUGGCCCAAGUGCAAGCCCAGGCGCAGGCCUUGGCCCAGGCACAGGCCCAAGCUCAAUUACGACUCCUAACCCAAAAGACACAAACUGUACUCAUUCCAACCGGACCUACAACCAUAACCACAACCACUACCACCUUGCCCACAAAAAUGGACGAUAAGGUGGGCAAUGUCAAAUUGAAGAAUAACAAUCUGAUAAAGACCCCCACGGGAGGAGUAGUGGGGGGUGGUGGGCCGGCCGCCACCACAGCCACCAUAGUCGCCAAUCAAUUGCCAUUGACCAAAACCCACAACAAUUUGGGUUUGGUGUGGAACGAAGGAAAUCAGACCAUCUUCUUGGUGGGACUCAACGAUCAACACAUGACGGCCCACACCAUAGGCAACAUUAGUUUGGCCAAUGCAUCGCCAGCCACAAAAAAAUUGCUUAACGGCCACCAGCGCACAAAUUCAUUGCCAAGCUUUGUCUUUCCAAUCAAUACGGCUCCGGCGGCAGCAAUUAGUGCCACACAAGGGGAGCCACAGACGACACAGAUACAACCCCCGGCACCACAGCCACAACACAGUGAAACUAAAACGAUUAUCACAAAGCAACAAUUGCAGAAGUUGCAAAUGCGCCAACAGCUACAGCCAUCUCAACAAUCAGCAACAGGGAUUCCAUUGCAAAAUACCCCACAGCAGCAGCAGCAGCAACAGCAGCAAUCUGCUGCACAACAGAUAAUACACUUGGAUAUAAAGCCACAAAACCUGCAGCCCCCACCACCACCACCGCCUCCGCCACCCCACUAUGAGGAAGCCACAAAACUAUUAAAAGCUAAGCAGCAGCAGCAGCAACAACAACAACAGACGGAGACUCAUACCAUCAGUGCUGUUGUGAAAAUCAAAGAAGAGCCAAAUGUAACCAAUCAAAUAACCCUUAGUCCUCUGGUGACCACUAACCAAGUGGCGGACCAGAAGCCUUUGAAGGCAUCAAUCAAAUCGGAAAAGCUAUCCGAUGUCUUGGACAUUCUCUUUAAGCAAGGGGGAGAACAUCCAUUAGUAGAGACCAUCGCGCCAGUGGCAACACCCCUAACACCGGGUGGGGCAAAUGUGCUAAUGAGUGAUACGAACACGAGCCUAGUGUUUCCACCAAAAAUCCCAAUGGAAGACACUAAGGACAACAUCAAGCAGGAACAUCUUAGUGAUGCGCUAAAGGAUUUCAAAACACCUAUAGAAGAUGCCAUGGGGCUAAGCGAAAAGACAAUGGAAUCACAUGCAGACAUUAAUAAGUCAAUGGCCAUGGAUUGUGGGGAUACUCAGAUGGCCAACAACAACCAGAAUAGCAGUAACAUCAGCGCUAAUCCCACAACUUCGAUGUUUGACUUUUACACCAAGCCUUCACCUCACAGUGGUGAGACUGGCCAAAAUAAUCAAUGCUCCUCCAAUGCAAUGGCCAAUGGAAAUUUCAUAGAAAACAUUGACAUGACUUCGCCCAUACAACCGGAUUGUCACAUCGAUGCAGAAAGUGUAGCCAAGACGUUGGAUAUCUUCUUGGAAAGUCAUCACCACCAUCAGCAGCAGCAGCAGCCGUCGCAGAAUGCCCCCAAUGGGUCUGGCGCCCACAAUCACUCGCCCACCCAUCAUGAUAUGCUAAGCAAAACGUGUUUGGAAACCCAACGUUCCAGUUCCAGCAACCUGCCUAGCACCUCGAGCGACGAGGAGGCCAAGCUUAACCAUUUCGAUGAAUUUGAGUUGUUGGAAUUAAUGUCACAACAAUUGGAGAUGGACAUAGGCGAAGACAACAGUACCAACUAUGCAUCGCCCGCCUCUAUAGCGGGGUCCAGUGGCAGUGGCAAUGAGAGGCAUCACCAUCAUUCUCAACCUCAGCAGCAGCAGCACCACCACCACCAUCAAUCAGUGGACCAUGAGCAUCAGCAUCAUCACCAUCAGCAUUCCAAUGAGAAAUUAAAUAUUUUAAAUGGCUUACGACGUGAUAUGAAUGCUUCCAGUCUGCAAUCCUCUCUGGAAGAGAUAAUGCAAAAUCACAAUAAUCUGGACUUGGAUGGUAAUGCGGUGGCCAACAGCACUCACUCGGAUGCCCUAAGCAAUGUGCUCGAUGACUUUGAUGCCGAUACCUUUGUAAGGCAUUUGACGCAACAGCAUCAUCAUCAUCAUCACCACCAGCAGCAGCAGCAUCUUCAUGCUCAAAUGCAUCAUCAACACCCCCACACACACACCCACACCCACUCCCACCAGCAGCAGCCACAUCAUGGCAACAACGACGAUAAUAAUGGCAACCAUCACAAUUCUGCAGAAGCCACACCCAUGGAUUGUGACGAUUUCGAUAGUCCUUUAAGUGGUUUUAAUUUCUCUGCCCUCUCACCAGAUUCCAAUAUCAAUACCCCACCACAUCCUUUUGGCAUGAAUGGUAAUGCAACACCACCGCGACACCCACAAUCCCUAACAGCGUCAAACGCUUUGACUGGUUUAGGAAAUAAUUCGUCGGCUACUUGUGGUCUGCAGGCAACAUCCUCCUCACCGUCUUCAUCAUCGUCGACCAGUGGCCAUCAUUUUAAUCACAUGCAACAGUGUCACGGCCAAAUGUCCCUAGGCGGCAGUAAUAACACUUUGGGUGGCCUAACCCACAACAAUGGCAAUGCCAUGGGAAGUGGUUGUGGAGCCAUGAUAUCAUCGAACGCUGAUGCUUCCAAUGCCAGCGAUAACGUUGGCGUAACUUCAUCAUCGGCGGAUAUCUUUGAUUUAUUCAAUAUCGACGAUUAUAAAAUGUCAUGGGGCGAAGGUGAUUUUGCGGUCUAAUUUGAUCUAGCACUCGCCCACACGCCCCCGAACAUUCGGAUUUGAUUUUGUUUUAGACCACAAAAGCAUGGUAAUCGAAUCGAAUGUAGAACCUGACUUGAGUUGAAUUUUCCCAACUAUUUUUUUUUUUUUUUUGGGAAAGGAAAAGAGAACCAAAUUAAACUCCAACUGUGAGCAGAGCUCUUAGUCAUUGUCUCUUUUGAUGUUUUGCAAGCUUUGCCGGGAGGUCACUUCUCUAAUAUUUCCAGAUUUUUGCCAGUUUCAUGAUUUCCCCAAAAGGGUAUUUUUGAUUUUUUUUGUUUUAGUUUGCAUUAUUUAACCAUCAUAUUUAUAAAAACACCGUUGAACUAAUUAAUUUUUUUUUUAAUUUUAUUAUUUUUUAUUAUGUUUUUCAAAUUAAAUUAUUUUACAAAUUAUUCUUUGCGGAGUAUACAGUUUCAAUGUAAGCACCAAAUCUCACUGACCGAGAAACAAUUGUCAAUAGGUCAUCAGUGUGGGAUUGCCAAUGGCAACAAUUUGUUUAAGACUGUCUCGGCUAAAUUUCGGUUUAGUUCAUAUUUCACUGUAUUCAAGAUCCCUUGCCACUGGAUUCACGAAUCCCACUAAACACCGAUUUAAAAUUCCACCUUUUAUGUAUUGGUGAAAUGUUGUAAUCUAGAUGUCAUUUAAAGAAAUACAAAAAAGUUAAAUUACUUAACUAAUAUCAGCGGAUUGAACACUGGUUGGUACACGUUGAGUUUCCGUUAACAUUGCAACUUUUUUAACAAUUACGACGUAAAUCGAGUUAUUACUGUAACAACUUGUAUCAAAUGAUGCGAAGGAAUCCUAACAACAGCUCAAGCGAAAGAACGCAAUGAGCAGGGGCUGCCGCCUCCGUGUGCAACACACGGCUACAACAACAAGUAUAGUCCAAAUCAGUGUAUAAUCCGAUAUAGCUUCCAUUUCCACAUUGGGCUUCUUGAGCACCUAAAACUGAAUUUUUCAUCCAGUUUGAUUGAAAUUUUGAACAUAGUGUUCUGUAACGUAACCAACACGCAGUGGAUGUCCCCUAUAUAUGCAGUAUAUAGCGUUGGCAAUUAGGAAAGUUAAGGAUUGGAGGACGGAAAGAGGGGGGAGUGUUUAUUGAUAUUCGUCAUAAAUUUCUGAACGUCAAUGUCGGUGGGAAAGACAUAAGCUGGAAGUCAAUUCCACAUACGAAUGAUUCGGGCGAAAAAUUAAUUUUCUAGGUAAUGCAUGGCUCGGUCGACAGGCCAAUCAAUUACAAACUGGUGUGAGUUCCUGGCAAGUCUUGUAUUUCUGCUGAACAUCCUAACGUCAGCGAUAAGAAGACGAAUAUACCUGGAGUACACGCCAUGACAACAACGAUAGAGCAUUACAACGCUACCCACAUUCCGACGAUGUUCAAGGAAAGCAAUAGAGUUGGAUACUCUACUGUCCCCAAUCAACACAAUCGCUUCUCCGUUGAACCCGGCCAAGUAGUUCAAGGAUGGGUUUGGAGAUCCUGCCCCUAUAUGAGAGUUAUAUUCCAUGCUCGGCCUGAUGUAGGUAGUCCAAAUAUUGAGGGGAUCUGAAGAGGUGAAAUAGUUCCUGCACCGCUUAAGUAAGCCCAAACACUUGAAUGCUUCUUUCGACACUUCGAAUACGUGUUUUGACCAACAGACAUCACAUUGUAUCUCCAUGCCCAGAACAUCAAGAGCAUCUGACUGCUCAAUAUCUAUAAUGUCGUAGAUAUCGAUGCUUGUAGUGGGUCAGUGAAUCGCUUGUGAGACAAGAAACAACACUGCGUCUUCUGUGCGUUAAAGUCUACUCGGAAAUGGCCAACAAAUCCUGGGCGAGUGUCUCAUCCCUAAUGAGCCUCCUGUCCACAAUUUCUGCAGGACUGGACCUAUGGUCAAUGUCAAUGAAAAUAAGACAAAGGGAAGGGGACAGAGCCUUGUGGAACACCUGCGUUCAAUGUAUACUCAUCGGAUGAGAACCCAUCUACAACAACACGUAUAAUGCGAUCUCUGAGAAAGCCCGAUAUGAAUCGAACGAAGUUUUUACCGACUCCAAAAGUGACAAAGUUUGAUAAAAGUGCACUGUGCCAAACCCUAUCAAAUGCCUUGGAGAUAUCCAGAGCCAUGACCUUACUUCCACCAAACUGGUGGAUAGAGCGACUCCAACGUUCCGACAAAAAUGUCAUUAGGUCUCCCGUAAAGCGAUUACUGCGGAACCCAUACUGUCUAUCGCUUAGAAGGCCAUUGGACUCCAAGUAUCUUACAAGAUGAUGGUUAACCAUAUUCUCCAUAACCAUGGAGAGCGCGGAGCAUAUCGCAAUUGGCCGGUAAUUCGCAGGGUUGUUUUUCCCACCUUUUUGGAGAUGGGCUAAACGUCUCAUCAUCUCAGCAUGCCCGGUUAAACCAAAAUUUAUCCUUUGAUUUAGCCGAUAAAUUAUUAGUCGGAAUGAACGAUCUCAUUCCUAUUAAUAUUACUUCCUGCACCAUUUCGGCAGCAGCAUUUACGUCACUGUUUAGAAAACAAAGUUUCCAAUUAAAAUGCUGGAAAAAUUGGUUGAUCUCAGCCCAACGUGCUCUUUGGUUUACAAAAACGGUCCGCUUCGGCGCUAGGGGAAAAGGCGACGCGAAGAGCAGAAUACAAAAAGACGCUGAAUUGAGGCAGUGAUCGGUAAUACCAAGAGGUGGAAGGACAUUAACUUCAUACUUCUCAGGGUGCGAAGUUAAGAAUAGGUAAAGAGUGUUAUAUUAGUGCCCUUCGACACAUGAAAUAUGUGUCGGUUCAUUCACUAGUUGCAUCACACCAUUCUGCGCGGCGAAUAGCUCGGCGUAUUGAUCCUCCGGAGUCGUAUGUCCCGAAUGGGAAAGCCAAGAUAACUAAGUUCAUUUUGUAUAAACGUUUAGCAAAAUCCAUGGUGUUGGGUUACCACGAUUCGCCCUGGUCGAAAUUACACCCAGAGAAAUUUGUUAGCCAAAAAGGCAAAAAUGUUUGCGGGAAAAACAGAACAUCUUCUUUUUGUUGAAACAGCAAACAUUUUCUGCUGUUUUCAGAUGGAAACAAGUUGGAAAUAACCAACAAAUUUGAUAUACACUUAAAAAUUUUAAAUGUUCUUCUUUAAUGUUAAAACUUUUUUCAAUUUAAGUUUAAUACGUUUUUUAUCGAUUUUAAAUAACAGCUGACAAAGUAAUUGUUAAAAUCAGAUUUAUGCCCUUAAACAAAAAAUUUGCUCCUAAAAUUGGCGAACAUUUAUAUUAAUUCAUACGAAAUGCUUCAAUUGUUGUUUGGAGUUUAAAAAUUUUGCAUGAUUCUAUACAAAAGUUGAACAUUUUUAUAUUUGUUAUGGUUGCCUAUUACGGCUUGGUUAUUGAUUUCAUACAUUCUAUCUCCCAAAGGGGAGGGAUACGGAAUGAAAGGUUUUUAUUGAACACUAGCUGAGCCCGGCCCGCUGCGCUGCGCCUUCAUUAACACCAUGCGAAAAAUAUGUGUUUUACUUAAUACCAUAAGUGUCUCCCCAGAACAAGUGGUUUAUCUACUCCCAAAUACUAUAGCCUUAAUUUGUACCCCAUAUAGCCAUGAUUGGCAAAUAUUUCCAUUUAGGGAGGGGUUUUUGAGUCAAAUAUUGUCAUGAUCGCCCAUUUGUAUGGGUUUUCGGGUUGGUGCGGCCCCCUACGUACGAUACUUGUACAAAAUUUGCAAAGCCGUAUUCUACUCUCGAAUAGCUUCCAUUUGAGUCCCAUAUUGUGCCCAUCGUCCCACCUGUAUAUUUGGGUUGUGCUUUUGGGGUAAGAGGGAGGGUCUGCCCCCUUCCGAUAUCAACAAAUUCUAUAGUCUAUUGCUGCUUCUAGGCCAUAUUCGUAAUCUAUACCCUAAUACUUUUCAUUUGAGACCCAUAUUGUCACUAUUGUCCAAUAUGUCUAUUUGAGGGGGUUUAGGGUCGGGGCAGUCCCUAGGUACCUGGACCCAAUGUUUUUUAUUUAUUCCAUUAGUACGCCACUUCCGAAUACCUUUCAUUUGAGUCCCAUAUUGUCCCGAUCGGUCUAUUAUUAUUUUUGGGUGGUGCUUUUGGGAUAAAGGGGAGAGUCGGCCCCCUUACGAUAUUAACAAAUUCUAUAGCCUUCCAACAGGUGCACAGAAUCACGUGCAUACCAUGGGAGUAGUGUAAUUGUUGCAGACAAAAAAUCAGUCAUUACGCAAAAACACAUGAAUUUGGAAAAGUACAGCUAUUAGCCAGGGUUGUGGAGCGUGGUUAAAGUGAUAUUUGUAUCAUAGAGGCGUUUUCGCAAUAAAUACGAUACAAAUGCAACAUACCAACGUACGGCCCUCAAAGUCGUCACACUUAAUGUGGCUGAAAAAGUCUUCUAACCAAAGACGAAACGCGUCCCAUAGUGGUUGGUGUGUGUUUCGAUCUCUGGCCAUACUUUUCCAUUUGCAAAGAAAAGCUCCGAUCAUUUAGCUCGUCUCGAGAGAGAAACAAACAAAAAUCGUGAAAUUUAAUGAUCUUUGCCAUAACAGGCAAAAAAACUGACAACUGAAAAUAUCAGUUCAGUUUGUGCGAAUGAAUGCAUAUUUUAAGCAAAAAAUGGACAUUACUAUCGUGUAUAACUAACGUAGACAAUCCGAAUUUGGCAAAAGGCAUAAUUUUCAGAUUCGAAAAGCGGAAUUUGGUAGGAAAAAUAUUUUUUUAUUUUUUUUUUUUAAAUAUAUAAAUAAAUAAAUAUUACUGCGGAUAUACGUCUCUGCAUAAUUUUUGAAAGAUUGAUAAUAUGGCGAUAUGAAUCCAUAUGGGAUUUAUGGAAGCUAUGUCUAAAUAGGAAACGAUUUCGUCCUAAUUCUCAGAAAAUGUUGAGGCGAUCAUAAAAGAAAACAAUUUUGGGAAUGCCUGUCUUUAAAUACGCUUGCUAUGACCCUUAAUGCCAAAAUCGUCCUAUCGACAGCCCAACCUGUAUUGACUUAAUUCUGACACAAUCAUAUGUACUAUUUUAUACUAUUGUAUAUUGUUUUCCAGCUAGAGGUGUUAUUUUGAAUCAUCCACACAAAAAAAUAAUUCGUUGGCCAUAAACGAACUUUUCGACAAGUAAAUUUCCUUUACGAGAAUCGUUGGAACUUGGUUUACGAUAAAAUUGCAAAUAAUUUGUGAUGAAUACAAAGUUGGACAUUUAUUUAUGAGGAAAUGUACUGUCAAAGCACACCCAGAAAAAUUAGUCUGUCGAUAUCAGCUAACACUGCCUGCUGAAAUUAAAUUAACAAUUUUAAACUUUUGAAUAAAUCCAUUAAAAAUUUUUUAACUUCUAUAAUAUAAGUGAGUCAUUUACUGUAUAUUAAUGAGACAAAAUUGCCAAUUUUAGGAGUUAAUUUUUUGUUCAAAAGCAU